AUGUCGCUUAUUGAAGAAUUCGAACAAGCAGCAAGAGAUGUUAAAAGGCUUUCAUCAACACCGUCUGAUUCUGAGCUUUUAGAGCUUUAUGCACUGUAUAAGCAGGUUAUAGAAGGAGACAUUAAUAAGGAAAGGCCUGGAUUUUUUGAUCCUAAGGGGAAAUGUAAAUGGGAUUCAUGGAAUAAACAGAAAGGAAAAUCUAAAGAAGAUGCUAUGAAAGAAUAUGUUAAUUUGGUUAACGCUUUGAAAGAAAAAUAUUCUUAA